UAAUUUGAUGAGAUGGAAUACUUGUAUUUACAGAAGCCACAUCUUCAAAAGGAAAAGAAACUGUCUAAAACACAGGGAAAAUGCUUCCUAGAUUUGAAAGAAUUAAGAAUUAAAAGUUGUGGAGUGCAAGAGGUGUUUCAGCUCAAGGGUCUUCCGCUUCUAACUACAACUGCAGAACAUCAAUGCUACUGCACAACGUCGGGGAACAUUAUUGACAUAGUUGAGUCCUACAAGAGUGUAAGCCUUAGUGGUCUUACUACUUUGGAGCUGUCCAAAUGUAAGAGAUUGAAACACAUUUUCACACCCACCCUUGCUCGAAAUCUGCCACGACUGAAGUACCUGAGUAUAUGGGAAUGUGAGGAUUUGGAGCAAAUCAUUGCCAAUGAUGAUGGUAAAGAAAGGGACCAAACUUCAACAUCAACAUCAUCAAGGGGUCAUUUCCAACCUAUAUGUUUCUGUGCGCUGAAUAAAGUCAAAAUUGGAAGCUGCAAUAAAAUGAAAAGCCUCUUUCCGGUUAGUGUUGCUAUGCCAAAACUAGAAAUACUCAAAGUUGAAGGUGCUUCUGAACUAAAGCAACUAUUUGGAGAUAAAGAUGAAGAAGCAGGUGCCCAGGAAGAGAAGCAAAUAGUGCUCCCUCAAUUGUGGAUGUUGGAUCUCCUUCAACUCCCAAGCCUCAUCACUUACUGCCCAAGGGGUUACCAUCUUGUAAUUCCCUAUUUGAUUUAUUCAAAGGUUGAAAAUUGUCCCAAGCUUUGUGUGAAUGCCAAGACAUAGAGGCUCCCUACAGGAUAAACCAAGAUGCAUCAGAAGAAUCAGAACACAGUUUAACAGGAAUGCAAAACCAUGUUAAAGCGUCAAUCUGAAUUUUACUAGCUUCUGCUGCUACAUGUUUAGCAAAUGAACAAGUAUCAUCUACUUCAGUUGUUUUUGGGUGGUUCAUUUGUAUCAACAUCCUAACCAUCUUUAGUAUUUCAUACAUGAAUAAAUCGGUGGUUGAUCAAGCUUUGACUUCCGACCCAUUCAUUCAAUGGAUUUGUCCAAGUGACAGGAUAUUUGCUUUCAAUAUCAUUUUGGUUCUUUAUGUCAUAUAUUCUUACAAAUUACAGCUGAAUAUUACAAGCACUCAACAGCAUUUGAAAAGAUGAAUCAAAAGGGAAUCCCAAGCUAGUAUCACUUAAAAAUAUACUUUGACUGCCUGGUGUAUAGUAUUUAGUAUAUACCAUGAAUCAGACACUACAAGAAGUUGUUUUCCUUCAAGCUCUCAGACUGAACAAUGGGAAAAUAGAAUGAAGCAGGAGAGCAACGAUGGACUAUGGAAAUGCUAGCAGCAAUACCAUUUUCUACGGCAUGAAAUACAUGAGGCAGGAGUUGAAGAAGAAAACGGCCCAUUAAUGAGGUUUUCCCUUCCUUCCUAUUCACGGCCCAGUAUCAGUAAAGUGUUCAAAAGUAUGUUCUGUAGCUUCCCCUCCGCCAUUUCCAUUUGCUCUUCUUUACUGUGCUGUGAAUCUUUUUGCAAUAUGUUUAGGCUGCUCUGGGCACCAGUGCAAAGGUAUAUCAUACUAGAAUUCUGCUUUCUCUCCUAUACAUCUUCUUUCUUCUAGAAUUGUUUCACUUGCUGUUUUUCUGUGCAUCUUGUCUCAAUUGCAACUGAUGCUGUUGCCAACAUUUAGUUUGAUAUAAGCUUUUCUCUUCAGCCUUU